CCUUCAAUGACAAUCAGUUAAAUUAUCGAGUAUAUAUUUUAUAGACUGGUUACAUUUUCUAUAAAUUCAAGUGCUAAAAUUUAAACCUUUAUCUUCUACCUUGUGGUACAGUCCGAGCGUGGUUCCUGCCUUACUAUUGGUUGAGCUCUUUUUGAGGGCGUAUCCAAGCUGAGCUUGAAUCGUUCCGCGGGAAAAAAAUCUACUCCUUUCUAUACAGAUAUUUCACUCAUCUCCGCACGUAAAUGUCAAAGACGGAAUAUCAUUGGAUGUCAUGACACGUGCGCUAAUCGCUGAUUGGCCACAGGGUGUGCCUGUCAUGUCUUCUUUCUUAAAGAACACUACGGAGAAAAAAAAGCAAAGUCCUCUGAUUGGACCGAUCAGAUGUAUCGCGUUCGCUGAUUGGUUACGCGGAUUGCCGCUCGUGGCCUGCCUAUUUUGAACAUAAAUAAGGGCUAACCUCGGCACUUCUUUUCUCACAGCAGAGUUUAGAAAGGGUCAGAGAGAGUACGCCUAUCGCGGUAGCUCUCUGACAAGAAGGCACAAAGGAGAUGACCUUUUCAAAUAAACGAUUCGUUUAAUUCGGACUAUUUAUUUUAAGCUUCGACGUCAUGUGCGGUCUUGAAGCGUGUUAUUCUUCAUCCUAAACAAAUUAUUUUAUGAAACUGGUUGCUAACAAGUUAGCCAUCGAGCUAACCCUUUUACCCACGGUAAGACCAUCUGCCGCUUCCAUUCCUAAUACUGGCUGAAAUUUAGUUUUGAAUUGCCCUCAGCCACGGUGAGAGUAUGGAAAUGGAGCUCGGUAAAGCUGCAAGCAGCUUCAGCCCUGUGAGUCUGGAGCUGGGCGCGGGCCGUGACUCAGUCCUCAGAGUUUCCCGUCCAGCUCUGCCCGAGAUUGGGCUGAAGGACUCCCCCUGCAUCAAAAACCUCUUCUCCCCCGGAACCACCACCGUGCUGUCUCCUGUGACCAACCUGACCCUCAACUUGGACAACCUCGCUGUUGAAGGGCAAUGUGAGACCCCCAAAAGGAAGAAACUAGAAAAAAAUGUGCCCUUGCUGAAGAUUCCAUCAUUCGCUUCAGACACUUCCUCAGAUGCAGGAGUGGGAUUGGACUCUCCUAGCCCUGUAGACCCAGUGGAUGCGGAACAGAAGUUUGAGCAGGCCAUACAGAAUGCUACCAGAGUGAUAAAUGAAAGAAUGCCCAUUCGCAGGAUAAACUCAUUACCAUUGCGAUUGCUGGGUCACAGCCCCAAUCUGAGGAGUAAAGAUUCUGACACUCCUCGGUAUGGCAUCUUUAGUCAGAGCUGCACACUCAGCUUGGACAACAAGGAGAACCUGCAUGAUGCAAGUUUUGAGUUUAAGAAGCCCACCAAGCCUGUUUCUCGCUGUCGACUGCGUUCAACUGGGGAGGCAAAGGAAGCUUUUGCUAGCCGGCCCAGCUCUGCUCCUGCUCUUAUGCUUUCUCCUACCUCAUCUAAUCAGCUAGCCUCACCAGAUAGUGACAGUCCCUUCACACUGCGAUGCACAUCAUUUUCCAGCUUUCCUAAUGAUGACGACGAUGGCUUUUUAGAUGUACUUGAUGAUGUAGAGACGGACUCUGAUGUACCUACGGGAAUGGCUAGUUUGCUCACUGCUCCUCUGGUUGCUGACCAAAGCAUGGAAGCUGCAGUCUCUCCGGUUCGAUGUCGGCCACGAGGGCUGUUUCGCUCACCCUCCAUGCCAGCAGGAGGAGGCCGUGCUCCACUUAAAAGGCCAGAUAGGCCCAGAGAUGAGAACACGCCUGUGCGUGUGAAGAGGAGGAGGAGUGUCGCUGGGUCACAUGUCACAGCCAUGGAGCAGGAGGAUGAUGUUCCUCAACAGGUUCAACGCUCAAAAUCUUUUAAUCAUUCAGAGAUAGAGAGACUACUGGACUCUGACCCCAGUAAUGUGAUAGGAGAUUUUACCAAGCCUCCUGCUUUGCCCACAGUGGAUGGAAGACACCAAGACUUGAAAUACAUCACUCCAGAAAUUAUGUGUGCAGCAAUGAACGGACAGUUCAGUGAUGUGGUGGAGAGGCUGUUUAUCAUUGACUGUCGCUAUCCAUACGAAUAUGAAGGAGGACACAUCAAGGGUGCACUAAACUUGCAUCAAGAGGACCAGGUUGAAGAGUGCUUUUUCAAACAGCCCAUCCUCUCGGAAUGCCCUGAAAAGCGCGUGCUGCUGGUAUUCCAUUGUGAGUUUUCGUCUGAACGUGGCCCACGAAUGUGUCGCUUUGUCCGUGAGAGAGACCGUGUUAUCAAUGAAUAUCCCAAUCUCCAUUACCCUGAACUCUAUGUACUAAAGGGAGGCUACAAGGACUUUUUCCCCCUACAUAAGAUGGAAUGUGAGCCUCAGGAUUACAGGCCGAUGCAUCAUGAGGACUUUAAGGAUGAUCUGAGGAAGUUUCGCCUGAAGAGCCGGACAUGGGCUGGGGAGCGCAGCAAAAGAGACAUGUACAGCCGGCUUAAAAAGCUUUGAGGCACAUAAAAAUGCGUGCAGGGUUACUGCCUAAACUCACUCUCACACACUGUUCACAUGAUCAGUAUGUGGUAGUGACCUAAUGAAUUACAUUGGGUAUUACUCAAGUCAUCUGCUCAUGGUCAAAAAGCACACUUACUGCCUUAACUCAAUCACCCCCCCCCCUCUCCCUCCCCUUUACCUGUGCUGGUGGCUUUGCUGUCAUUCCCAUUUUCUCCCCUGUUCCAGCUGAAGACCUCAAAGCACUUACAUUUCUAGUGUUUAUGGUGGAGAGUGCUCCCUUUAUUUUCUGAUGCAAAUGCAAUCUUUGUCCCUGCCAGUCUGGGUCUGAGCCGUUUAGUUAUUGUAACUACAGUUGUAUCGGAACCAGCCAGUGUUUAAAUGUCAUUACUCAAUUAUGUGCAUUCCAGUAAUGUCAAUAUCAGUGGUUAUUUUAAAGAAGUUAAUUAACUGUUUUGAUAGAUUUUAAAAGUUGAGUAUGAAUGCCUAGUGCUGUUCAAUUGUCAGAAUUUGAGUAAUAGUGAAUGCAGUGUGUGGGUUAUUUAGCCAUUUUGCACUGCCUUUUUUAUAUAUAUAUUUUUUAAAUAUAUAAAAACUCUCCCAUUUGAGAAGAUUAUUUGAUGUUCUACCUGUAUUUUUAUAUUUGAUUUGGAAACAUAAGUCAUUUAUAAGGGGUGGGAGCAAUGAUGUAAUAGAACGUGUCUAUGACUGCACUCACUCGGGAGAACAGGCUUGGCUGAUUGCUGCUGGUCAGCGUUAGAUGACCACCAAUAUGCCCAGCAAUAAACCUGCAUGUAACGUCAGGGCUUUUUAAAUUAAAAAAAAAAAGACAUUAUGAUAUUCCCCUGACUGUUAAUUUUGUGUGUAAGUGGGUGUAUUGAGUCUCUGUGCUUUUGGCCAUGUGUGAGAUCUGUGUAAACUGCAAUAACAAAGUUAUGUUGGGGGAAUAAACUACUAUAAUCUACUUGUGUGAAUGUGGUGACUUCUCCCUUAUGGAGUUAUAUGCCCCUCGGGCUGUUGAUGUGUGUCUACUUUUCAAAUCCUGCUGCCAGAAUGGGCCCUAAUGGUACAUUAGUGGGUUUUCAAGCAUGUGCCCACAAGCAUUCCAAUUUUGUCUAAUGGGGAGUGGCCAGCUGUUUCCCUGACAUACUGUACCCUCAUUCGGGCCAGUGUUAAAUUUUUUUUACGAUUUGCUAUAACAAUUUUUUUUUUUUUUUUUAAAUACUUUUAACAAUUUUCCUAAACUCAAGGUACUCAAUUGGCAAAACGGGUCAUUUCAUGCUCAGUCACACAUUGUAAACUAAACUCCAACAUUAAUUUUCAAAAUAUAUUAAUACACUUACACAAUGUCUACCAAAACACUGCAAACAUGUCUCAAAAUCAAAUAAUUCUUCCAACACCCUAACACAUGUUCUCCUUCAACAGGAGAAUCAUAGCAUAAUGUCAUAAAAACACUAACAUCAGAUGGAAUUACAGAAACUACGUUAUUUUAUGUCAGGUCUGCCCUUAUAUAAUACAGUGUUAUAUAUAUAUAUAUUAGAGACUGAAGGCAUGCAGUCACUGUACAGUAAUACAGGAUAAAAUUACUGUAUUUACACUUUGCAGUGAGAGGACCCCUUAUACAGUGUCCUACUUGUUGCUUUCUCAAAAAAUCCGGACAACGGAUGCCACUGUCCCAGCUGAGAUUUGGCUUUACUCGUUCACCAGCCUCUCUGUAUGAUAGCCUGUGGUUUAUGAUGUGGCCUAUGAUAGUAGCUCUUAUUUCAUCAGUUACCCUAGCUCUGGCCCUUCUUUGAGCGCCACCACGCAAUCUAAGUCCUCUCCCUAUACCUUGUCCCACUCCUCUCCCUUGUCCUGGUACUCGUCUUGCAAAAUGCCUCAUGCAGGCAUUUUUCUUAUUUUCUUUUUGUUGCUCUAUAUUGUUCUUUUUCCAUACAAGAUCAGCCCAAAGAGGUCCUCUUUUACUGUAUACCAUAUGGUCAUGCGAUUGAAAGAACCUGAGAGUGUUUCCUAGAUGGGAAUCAGCUGUGACUGAUCUACUUGCAUAAUUUC